UUUUUUCCAGCAUCAGCAUGCCAUUGUUAGGGGUGCGUACUAUACAUGGGGGCGCACUAUACAUGGAAAAAAACGGUAUUCGCAGAUGAAAGUCUGAAUAGGAGAAAAAAGUUGGAAUUUGAAGCCAAUGAAGUUGUGAUGAUGUGAAGAAAGUUUUCUUGUUUAACUAUUUUGGCUCAACAGGAGAAGGCGUCACGACUCGAGCGCAUCGUGACCGAGCACCAGCUGUUCAACCGCAGCCUGAAGGAGCUGCAGAACUGGGUGGCUGACACGAGCCACAUGCUUCACACCUACUGUGCCCCCACGGCUGACAAAAACAUCCUGGAGAGCCGGAUGAUCAAGCUGGAGGCAUUGCUGACUGCGCGCCAGGAGAAGGAGAUCCAGCUCAAAAUGCUGAUCACCAGAGGGGAGUCGGUUCAGAGAAACACCUCGGGCACCGGUGUGGCUGUGGUCCAGGAAGAAAUUCAGGAGCUGAAAGACUCCUGGGACACACUGCUCUCCGCAUCCAUUCAGUGCAAAAGCCAACUGGAAGGUUCUCUGUCCCAGUGGACCAGUUACCAGGAGGACGUGCGUCAGUUUGUCAGCUGGCUGGAACAGGUGGAGGAGAACCUGGACCCGGCCGAUAAACAAUGUCCCGAGAUGCGAGACAAAAGUGCUCAUCUCAGCAGGGCAAAGCUGUUGUACGAGGAAGUGCUCAGCCACGACGGCCUGCUGGCCACCAUCGUGGCAAAGAGCGCAAGCAUGGCCGACAAUUACGUGACUCAGCUGGAGCUGCAAGAGCUGCAAGAACGCUUCAACGGCAUCAAAGACAAUGCGGAGGAGGCCGUUGGCAAAGCGGAGGAGCUGGUGAAAGCUCACCAAGAGUAUCAAGAGGGCCUACAAGCAUUUGAGGACUGGUUGGAAGAGGAGCAGGAGAAGCUGGGCUGCUACACUCAGAUGGAGGGCGACGUCGAUAUGCUGGAGGAGACGCUCCAAAAACUGCAGGUCGGAACCUCUUCAUCAUCUCAAGCGGAUGUAAUUUUUUCCCUUCCCCACAACUGA